ACAAAAAAGAAUAGCAACCAACAAAAUUCGUUUCAUUUAUAAAAGUAAUCCAAUAAGUUGGUGGGAUAUAAGUGGUUGAAAUAAUAAUAGGAAUAAAAUAGAACAAAUAUUUGACUUAGUGAAUUUAAGUGCAAGUUCUAACUCAAGCAAAACUUAAUCUAUAAUCUGCGCACUUUUAUCAUCCGGACGACGCAAAAAAGUGUCGGCCUUGAGCGCAGUAAAGCGUUGUGGGCGCCCACAGAAUGAAAACAAAACCACAAAUGUUUAUAUACUUAAGUGCAUUGCUGCUAAGCACAUGCCGUUUAAGUGAUGGCUAUCGUAAUAUCAUGUUAAAGGAUUAUCUGUGCGAUGAUAAUUUCCUUUUAACACUAAAAGCGACCUUUCGUGGGCACCCUUCCUUUACGCUUACAGAAGACCGUGAUUCAGCUGCAAUCAUUACGCAGGUGUGGAAUACUACAUUACCUGGUUUUUAUUCCUCUAACAAACUGAAAUAUGAUUGUAAUUUUCGAGUACAAACACUUAAUCGACCGCCUCGUGGAAUUUACACCGUCAUAACGCGUCUCAAAUUUCGACGUGAUCCCGUGACAAAUACCUGCCUAGAUUACAUACAAUUCGUUGGCGGUAAUCGUUCGCCAUCCGAAAAGAUAUGCACUGAUAUAGCAAUAGAUGGCCCAGUCCGAUUAAUGUUCGAUCAACGCGCUCGGGACGUUAGCGUACAUAUAUACAUUGAUCGACGUUAUUCGAUAAGGGAACCAUUAGAAAUUCGUAUGGUGAUGACAGCACAUUCGGAGUGCAAAUACACCGGCGAUUUUCUGUGUGAUCCCAAAGAUCAAUACUCCUGUAUUUCCAGACAUUUUGUACGUGACAAUAUAACGAACUGUAUGGGUCCAUGUCGUGAUGAGAUAUCCUGCUUUAACGAUGCGCUUGUAACGGAGGAGAUGGAUACAACAAAUGUGGCACUUUCUGCACUAACAUCAUUAAUUUUUACAAUGUUGGGUGUGGGAUUCUGCAUAUGGGUUUGUUGGAAAUAUUGGAAUUGCAUAACAGUGCAACAACAUGCACAUGAAGCGUCUGCGGCGGCACGUCUUAGACCUCAAAGAGAAACUCCUGUCAUUGAGCUACCAACUGCACCGGCUUUUAGUGACGCUAUCACAUCGGGCAUAGAAUACGAACAAGAUAAUCAACGUCAACGUCAACAACCACAAACACCAAAAGAUUUACCACCUAGCUAUGAAUCACUAUUCCCCGAUAGAUAAACAGUAACCAUAGCUGCCCACGAGCCAAACUACUUUUAUCUACAUGUUUAAGGAGUAUCUUGUUUUUUUUUACUAAAAAAACCCUGUGUAGGUGAGCCAAUUUUGUAAGUUAAUUAACAUAUAUAAGUAAACCAUGUGCCAGCAGCAUUUUACUGUGUAACAUUGUGUGUAUACAUACGCAAAUGUAUGCUGCAAGUCAUAUUUUCUUGUACAAUUCGUGGUCUAGUAUUGUUGUUUUUAUGUAUAUUAUUUAUUUUCGGAUUACAUAUGAGGUUGUCUCCAUGAAAUAUUAAUAUGUAUGUAAAUGUAAAAGCGUUACAUCAAAUGUAUAGUUCAAAUUGUAUAACAGCUUUACCUAUUUAACUAUUUUGCAUCACCGCCCGAAAUGCGCGAUGUACUCAAAAUACCCUACGUCGGCAAGACGUUUACUGUUUCUUCUAAUGAAAAAGAAUGUUACAGAGUUACCAAAAUUAUUCAUCUUCCUCAAACUUUAACAAAAAAAUAACUUAUUGCGGACUAUUCCGCUCUUGGUGAUAAGCGAGAGAUUUUGUUCGCGGAUAAUUCCGUCGAAUGAUGCAAAGAGAUUAAUUACAUAAUUUUCCUAAUUCAUAUUUACAACUAGACUUUAUGUGUUGAAAAUUGUAACUGCCUUCGAAGACACAAACUACUCAAUUAUGAAUAGAUCUACAUACAAAGAUGAGAAAAAGUAACGUUAACCAUUCUAAUGUUCAGCGCCAUUCUCCAUAAGCUUAUGGGGGAAUGUUUUAAGCUGUCGCAAAAA